CUUUUAUUCAAUUAUGCUGUUAAACGGUAAAAAAAAAGGUCUAAUAACGGUCAUAUUUCUCCUACUGCGUAAUAAUUUAUCAAGGUAAAAAGUAAUUUACUUGAGUGACUAAACCAUUUUAUGUAUCAUACAAAACUUUUGAAACAGAGGAUAUUCUCCAAUGGCGAGGACAGAGCUCAAAGUUGAACCACGUGCCACUAUUGCAUCUAACUUUUAUUUCGUUAGCCUUUUGAUUCCAUUCCCCUCUAAAGUUCUUUCAUUUUUUGCAACGCUGCUUUCUCAACUGAGUAACGAGUUUCACAUUAAUGUUUUGAUGCGAUGAUCAAGACUGUGGAAGAAUGCUUCAUUAGAAUCCCUAAUCUCUUACCUGUUAGGCCACUAGUGUUCAAAAACCGCCUUCAGGUACAGGAAGCUACCCCCAGCUCGGCUCCUGAACCCGAUACUCGGUUUAUUCUCGACCACAGAGUUCUGACUUGCUGA